AUGAACGUGGCGUUUGUUGUUAACGGUGGUAAGGAGCUUGUGAUGCCGCGGUUUGAUAAUGUUUUGAAUGGGUGUACUGCGAAGAGAACGAUUACACUCGCUGAACAGCUUGUAAGCAAGGGGAUGCUCAUAAGUGUGAGAGUUAUGGAUAUGACAGUCGAAGAUGAAAAGAAAGGUGAUGAGAUGAUGCUUCUUGGAAGCGGAGUUCUCGUCAAACCUGUGAUUCAAUGGGAUGAAGAACCUAAGAAGGUCCUAGCCAAGGCCCUACUGGAUCUGUUGCUGGAAGACAUGAGUCCUGGUCCACCUUCUGUUCGUGUGCUUGUUCCAUACUGA